CUUCUUCUUCUUCAAUUUAAAUUCACAAAACCCUAAAUUCGAUGUUAACAAUUGUGAUUGAAUUCCGUGAAUGAAUCAGAUUUUACAAAUCAUUUGGAAUGGUGGGAGGCGGUUUAAUCAAGCUGAAGACAUGGCAGAAGACAGCUGUGACAUUAGGUUCUGCAGUUGGAGCACUUUUGGAUCCACGAAGAGCUGAUUUGAUAGCAGCUCUUGGUGAAACAACUAGAAAGCCUGCCUUUCAAAGGGUUCUUCAAAGGAUGAAAUCUUCCCCUGAAGGAAGGCUCGUACUUUUGGAGCGCCCUCGUGUUGUAUCUACGAAUGUAGGACAUGCUUGGGACCUGCCAGCUAAUACAUUUGGUGCUGCCUAUGCUAGAUUUAUGGGAUCCAGGAAUUUUUCACCAGAUGAUCGACCUCCUGUGCGCUUCAUGGAUACAGAUGAGUUGGCCUAUGUUGCCAUGCGAGCUCGUGAAGUCCAUGACUUCUGGCAUACCUUUUUUGACCUUCCUACUAACUUGAUUGGGGAGUCAGCGCUAAAGGUAAUUGAGUUUGAGCAGAUGCAUCUUCCUAUGUGUGUCAUGUCUGUUUUAGGAGGCACAACAAGAUUCAGUGAAAAACAAAGAAAAUUGUUUUAUCAGCACUACUUCCCCUGGGCUGUUCGUGCUGGCACACAGUGCAAUGAUCUCAUGUGUGUAUAUUAUGAGCAGCAUUUUCAUCAAGAUUUGGAAGAUGUUCGCAGAAAAUUGGGAAUUAUUCCUGUUCCAGCUAUUCCUUGACUCAAUGCUUUCCGAGUUUAUGAGUUUAUGUUUAUUUUUCUGGUUAUUAUAGCUGAUGGUAGAAUAGUGCAAUCAUAUUUUGUUUUUUAAUAAUAUCCAGUGCAAAAUCUAUCUCCAAUAUUUUAGUUAGUGACUUUUAUAUAGGUUGGAUUUUAUCAGUGACUUGUAUAUCAUGAUCAAUUUAAAUAGACUUACGAACACAGGCUGUGUUCAGUUUUAUAAUCCACAUUUCCUAUAGUGAUUCUUCAACCAAUAUAAUUGUAGCCAAUGGAUUUCAUGUAUGACCAGUUAUUGAAAGGAUGAUUGCCUA